ACUACAGCAGAUGCCUGAGCGAGGGAAGUAGAUGGCAGAAUGGAAAAAGAAAUCCUGGUGGCUAUAUUACCAGGCAAUCCGAUUGUGAAGCAAUUCUGCAGUCUAAAAACUAAAACAACAUGGAAGAGGAAAAAGUUACAUGCAGUUUUGUUUUUAAAAAAAGGGCUAAAAGAAGUCAGUUGUCCACCAGAAAACGGAAAGGGAGCGAAGAAAACCCAAGCAGUGAGGACGAAACCAUGGUUAUGAAGAAGGAUAGAAGAGCUAAAGAUAAUCCUUUAGUACAGAAGACAAACACAGUGAGGAAGACUAAAGCAGUGGAGAGUGCAAGUGGCAGCAGUGAUGACGAUGUGAUGGUCUCUUACAAGUCUAAACGAACUACGGGCAGGGAAGGGCCAUCUGACAUGGGAGCAACAGCAGUGCUGCAGAUUGAGACAGAAGCAGAGAAGGAUGCACAAGCUAUAUUUGAGAAUGCCUUGAGGAUUAAUAAGGAGCUGAAGGGAAAAGAAGAUGACAAAGUGUACCGUGGGAUGAACAACUAUGCCCAGUACUUUGAGAAACGGGACACUGCACAGGGAAAUGCUUCCAGUGGAAUGGUUCGGAAAGGCCCUAUCCGGGCGCCAGCCAACCUUCGAACUACUGUGCGGUGGGACUACCAACCUGACAUUUGUAAGGAUUACAAGGAAACUGGUUUCUGUGGGUUUGGAGAUAGCUGUAAGUUCUUGCAUGACCGUUCUGACUACAAGUUUGGGUGGCAGUUGGAACGGGAAAUGCAAGAAGGAACGUAUGGUGAGACAGACAAUGAUCCACACCAAUAUGAAGUUGAUUCAGAUAGUGAUGAUCUCCCUUUCAAGUGCUUCAUCUGCCGGAAUACUUUCAAGGACCCUAUUGUGACAAAGUGCCAGCACUACUUCUGUGAGAAAUGUGCACUAGCGCAUUAUAAGAAAUCGACUCGCUGCUACAUCUGCAAUAAUCAGACACAUGGAGUGUUUAAUCCAGCCAAAAACAUUAUCUCUAAGAUGAAAGGGGACGGAUCCACUGUCACUAAAUUGGACAUUGUUGACCAGAUGGCUUCUUCUGGUGGCUCAGAAUCUGAUUAACCUGACUUUUAAAUUGUUGAGAGCCUGCUGCGGCCGGUAUUUAAAUUGCCCUAAUUAAUUAACAUUGCAGACUUUCAGAAAAAAAAAUGCA